AUGGCAUACAAUGUGAUCCUAGGCCACCCAAUGCUGGGCAAGUUCAUGGCGGGGGUUCACUACGCCUACCAAGCGCUUAAGAUCCCGGGUCCCAAUGGGGCCAUUACGGUUAAAGGAGAUCAGCGUGCAGUGGUCAAAUGCAACAAGCAAAGCCUAGAUAUGGUUAAACACUUCAGUCCAGUGGCCAUCGCUCCUAAGGAUUCAAAUUCUAAGUGUCAAAGGCAGCAAGGUGUUGUUAAGGCCAAAGACUGCAGGCUCGUAAGUCUUGAUGGCACUACCAAAUCCAACGAUGCCAAAGGCAAGGCCCACGACAGCAUCAGCAACAAAAAGACUGAUGGUUGCGUCAAGGCAGUGCGCCUCGACCCAUCCGAACCAUCCAAGAUGGUUAAGGUUUAG